AUGAGCCAAAAACCAAUUUACAAUAUUGAAAGAAAUCAGAUCACCUAUCAGCUGAGUCAAAUGGCGCUGGAAAGAAGAGGUCGGCCAAAGGCUAAAACGACGUCUGAGCAAGGGGACACGCUAACGUGGGUCCCCGGCCGCCCGAGCGCCCGGGCCGCUGGAGCCCUCGGCGCAUUGUCCUCCCCCGGCCGGCGACCGCGUCCUCCACCCGCACUGCCGGCCGGCGGGCAGCGCCCCUCGCCCCCGGGCGCCCCAGGCGAGCGGGCUCGGGCCCGGGGCACCGUCCCCGGAGGAGGGUCUGGGCCGGGGGUGGCGGAGAGCGAGCCGCCGUCCACACUCGCACAGGUUGCCCGGCGCGGGCUCCGGACCGAGAGGGUUAACAAUCUCCCCGGGCAUCUGCCCACCUCAGCCCUCAGCCCCGAACUCGCCUCCUCCGCUCCCCCGCGGCCUGCCGUCGAGCCCGAGGAGCCCCUCCGACACCCGCCACAGCCCGGCGCCCAAGGCUUUUGUUUCGGCCGCGACGAGAAUAACGAUCCCUGA